AUGUGCUUAUUACAACAAACAUGUAGUGGUAGAUCAGCGUGUACUCUUAAUGGAAAUAAUGGCUUGAAUGAAAUAUCUUUAUAUUGUUUUGGUGGUAGUUCUAUAUUUCAUUCAUACAGCAAGAUAGAAUAUCAGUGUCUCACAAACACAACUCCUUUAACAACUCAGAUAGCAACUAUAACUACAUCGCUUUCUUCAACACACCAACCAACAACUGAAACUACGUCGUCUUAUUCAACACAUCAACCAACAACUGAAACUACGUCGUUUUCUUCAACACCUCAAUCAACAACUGAAACUACAUCGUCUUCGUCAACACCUCAAACAACAACUGAAACUACAUCCUCUUCUUCAACACAUCAAACAACAACUGAAACUACAUCUUCUAACGAAUCUUCAGCUGCUGUUACCAGUACCCAAGAUUCAACAACUUCUAAAAUAGGAAGUACAACUACAGAUCCUACAUUAGGCGCCAAGACAGGAACAGAUACAGAUGUAGGAGGUAUUGUUGGUGGUAUAGUUGGCGUUAUACUUGUUAUUGCUAUUGUUUGUGCAGUCAUAUUCUUUAUUAAAAGGCGAAAAACAGAUAAAAAACAACCAAAGGAUGUUCACGUUAAUGAAAAUGAUUCUAAUCGACGAUAUCAAACUGAUACGACAACCCCUCGAACAACGACUCCUGUUCAUUAUGAACCGGAGAAGAACAGCUACAACAGUAGACCAACUAGUGCCAAACAUUCGACCGGGGAUGACAAUUAUAACCAUAUUGGAAUUAACGGUGUGACUUCAGACGAUGAAUAUCAUCAUCUUAAGGGACCAAACUCUAAUAAGCCAAGUGUUCCAGAUAGUAAUUAUAAUCAUAUUGGUUCAUUUAGUGUAGCUGAGGAUAAUUACCAACAUAUUGGAGACAACAAACCUCGGAUUAUUACUGAAGAUACCUACAAUCACAUUGGUGGACACGAUAACACUGGUCUGGACGGUGAUGACUACCAUCAUAUCGGUGGUAACCAUGAACAUCAAGUUGUAACGGACGGUACCUACAAUCAUAUUGGAGUUGAUGGUAACGAUAUACUGGGUAAUGACGACUACCAUCAUAUCGGACACGGAAAUAUACAACCGAUUAUAAUAGAUGGGGAAUAUUCUCACAUUGGUCGUACUGACGUGUUAGAAGGAGAAUAUUCAUUGGCUAAAGACAUUUAAUAUCCAGGAUUUUAAUGACAGUUAUAUUCGUGUUCGCAAAAUGUUUCCACUGUUCCAGAAAAUGUAGCCUUGUGUACACAUGGAUCAUACCCCUUUCCUGUUUAAACAUUAUUGUGUAAACUUCGAAUAUGUAAUCUGGAAUAACAUAUUACUAAUUAGAGUAAAAAACGGUUUGCCAAAAGUGAUCUUUAAAUUAAAGUUAAAUUUGGGAAUAUUGUUACAGAUUAUAAAUACAUGUUCUCUACAAGAUCUGACAAAAUGAGCACGUGAAUCGCUGGCUUUAACCAUUUAAUGAAAUUAACAACAACCAAUUAGUUGUAUCUGUGUAAAGGAUUUCUCAAUUAAGGCAUGCAUAUCGUAAUAUUCAAGAAUUUAACCACCAAACAAGAUAGGAUAGUUUCGUAUAGUAGAGGUUUAGGAUAUAUUUCCUACUGUGCUAACAGUUAUAUGUACAGUAUUCUACCGACAGUUUACUUGCACAUAUAUUGAUAAAUAAUAGUUGAAAUCGAUGUAAUCUAUAUGUGCUAAUAUAUAUGGUGGCCUAUCGCUAUCAUUCAUUAUUGUAUCAAAACAUUUAAUAAAAUAAAAAAAAUGUUAAAGUUGAAAAUGAAAUUAAAUUAUAAUCAAAGUUAAACUGAAAAUGAAAAUUAAUCUUAAAAUAAAACUAAAGUUAAAUCAAAUUGAAAAGUAAAAUAAAUCCCAUCCCAUCCCAUCCCAUCCCAUCCCAUCCAAAAUGAAAAGUAAAAUCAAAUGAAAAGUAAAAUGAAAGAUAAAAUCAAAUGAAAAGUAAAAUGAAAGAUAAAAUCAAAAGAAAAGUAAAAUGAAAGAUAAAAUCAAAUGAAAAGUAAAAUGAAAGAUAAAAUCAAAUGAAAAGUAAAAUGAAAGUUCUUCGUAGCCUAUCGCUAUCAUAGUACCCCAUAAUGCUUUGCGCCUUGGCAGAAUUGACCUAAUUGAACAAUAACCCGUAUUUAAAAUCGUUAAAUUAAUCAAUGUAAUUUUCGCUGUAAAGAAUACCCGUAUCUUUUAAUGCUCUAAUUAGGCUACAUGUAGGCCAUGUCACUCCGUUUCUUUUUAUUUUUGGAUGGAGCCACGGUGAGUCGAGGAAUUCCAGCCCGCGACCGAGAGAGAAGCGGGCCAGACCAGGCGGCGGGAAGGGAAAAGCUCGGAAGCGAGGUUUGGCCGCGAAGCCGCUCCUCGGCCGACCCGAGGAAUUCCAGCCCGACCGCCUCUCGGCCGCAUCUCUCUCCAAGCCUCGAGACGGGCACCCGACCGGGUCUGUUGCCUGGUAUUUAAUGAAUCAUGAACAGUUGUAGCUUGGUCACUGACUCUACUUGGUGCUGAAUCAUAUUGUUGUUUUGUCUGUGAUUUCAACUUCUUCGAUCUUCUAUAAUUAUUGAAUGAAGACACAUAUUUUACUAGACUGCGUUCAGACAUAAUAUGUGAUCAUAAGUAUAUGUUUUUAUACUUGGAAUAAAUGAAUGAAUAAUGAUAAAAAUAUCGAGCGGAAAAUCAACUAUAUGUUGUAUGUAAUAUAAAACUCACCCUUUAAAAAAGAAUAUGGCUGCACAGGCAAUAACGAUAACUAAAUCAAACAUAAUUUCAAUUGCCGCAAUACUAAAUCAAUGGAAUCUUAUUAAAUAAAAAUAUUUAAAAUUUAUUUUGACAGUUUUGAUUAUUUGUGCACAUAUAGAUCAGAACAGCCUGGAUCUCUGGCGUUUAAUUCAUUUACUCCAAAUAUAAAGUCCAGUAGUUACACAGGGGCGGGUUAGU